CCUCUCUUCUUCUUAUUGGUUUUUUAUUAUUAUUUUUUUUAAUUUUAAUUAAUAUUUACUAUAUAAGUUGUAUUUAACGUCUUAAGUAACUUCCUGUAGAUAUAUUCUUAUCCUCCUCUUCACUCAACCCUCCCUCAUUCCUUUCUCUCUUUUUUAUCUCUUCGAUUUUGUUGCUUCUCUCUUUCAUCUCUCUCCUCCUCUUUUUUCUUCUACAAUCUGUUCUUUUUCUAGAGGAGAACUCAACUGGGAGAUGGCAGACUGCAACAGAGCCCAAGAAUUCUAUUCUUCCCCAGAGGAAACAAUGGAGAAGAAGUAUGGCGGCCUUGUUCCCAAGAAGAAGCCUUUAAUUUCCAAGGACCAUGAACGUGCCUUCUUUGAUUCAGCAGAUUGGGCAUUAUGCAAGCAAGGCGCCGGAGUGAACCAGAAAUCUACAGUGGCAAUAGAGACUCUGAGACCAAAACUCCAGAGAACUCCGCACCAACAACUGCCACCCAGAAGACCGGCUUGCACAUCUGGUCAAGAUAACCACCAUGGAGAGUAGUAGAUUGAAUGAUUUGGUGCGGGAAGUGCUUAUUAUGGGAUGAUAUAAGCAGUUCAAUUCAUAAAAUUGUACACAUAACAAUUGUCCUUUGAAUUGGUAUUGGUAUUGGUAUUGAAUAAAGGCAUUUUGGUUAUGCGAAAAAAAAAUUUUAAAUUGU